CAUAACCCAUCAAGCUUCAAAUUUGCUUCUUCACUAUGGUUUCGAAGAAGUCUAGAUCUCCUUUCAGCUUUUCAAAAAUGGUUGCUGCUAAAUUUGUGACGAUUUUUAUCUUAAUGGAGCUGAUCAUGAGAGGUUUUCGGUUCGGAGCGGUAGAUGGUUUGAGCAUGGAUUACUACAUAAUGACAUGCCCUUUAGCUGACAUAAUUGUCAAAAAUACUGUUAACAGUGCUUUACAGAAUGAUCCUACCCUGGCAGCUGCUCUCGUUCGGAUGCAUUUCCAUGACUGCUUCAUUGAGGGUUGUGAUGGGUCGAUUCUCAUUGAUUCUACCAAGGAUAACACAGCAGAAAAGGAUUCUCCAGGAAACUUGAGCUUGCGUGGGUAUGAAAUCAUUGAUGAUGCCAAGGAGCAGCUUGAACAACAAUGUCCCGGUGUUGUUUCAUGUGCGGAUAUUGUUGCAAUGGCUUCUAGAGACGCCGUUUUUUGGUCUGGGGGUCCAGUGUAUGACAUCCCAAAAGGUAGAAAGGAUGGAAGGAGGUCCAGAAUAGAAGACACAAUCAACCUGCCUUUCCCCACCUUCAAUGCCUCAGAAUUGAUUAGGGCUUUUGGGCAGCGUGGCUUCACUGCACAAGAAAUGGUUGCUUUAUCUGGGGCACAUACACUAGGAGUGGCACGGUGCUCAUCCUUCAAAGGCAGAUUGGGAAACGGGGAUCCAACACUGGACUCAGACUUUGCCAAGACCCUGUCCAAAACCUGCAGUGCUGGUGAUAAUGCCGAGCAGCCCUUCGACGCCACCCGAAACACCUUCGACAACUUAUAUUACUACACAUUGCUGACGAAAAAUGGACUUCUUUUCUCCGACCAAACACUCUACGGAAGCCCCAGGACAAGAUCCAUUGUCAAUGCUUAUGCGAUGAACCAGGCAAUGUUCUUCUUUGAUUUCCAACAGGCCAUGGUCAAGAUGGGCAUGCUUAAUGUCAAAGAAGGAUCAAAAGGUGAAGUACGAGGAAAUUGCCGGAAAAUCAAUUGAAUUUAUCGGGAGAAGAAAAGAACCUUUUGUAUUAUAUGCUCGGAUUUAUUAUGUCAUUAUGUGUCAUAUAUUUCCAUGUGUUAAAAGAGAAAAAAAAAAAAUAAUAAUUAAGCGUGUGUUAGGUCAUUGUAGGUUUGGAAGUGCUGUGUGACACAGCUAGUGUCCACCUCGUUUUGUACCUAUUUUGACUUUUCAAGUAUGGUUAAUUAUAUA